AUGAAGACUGUAAGUGUUGCCUUAGUUUUGUGCCUAAACGUCGGUGUGGACCCUCCUGAUGUGGUGAAGACAACGCCCUGUGCCCGCCUGGAGUGCUGGAUCGAUCCUCUGUCCAUGGGCCCUCAGAAGGCUCUGGAGACCAUCGGGGCAAACCUACAGAAGCAGUAUGAGAACUGGCAGCCAAGGGCCAGGUACAAGCAGAGCCUGGACCCGACAGUGGAUGAGGUGAAGAAGCUGUGCACGUCCCUGCGGCGCAAUGCCAAGGAGGAGCGGGUCCUGUUCCACUACAACGGCCACGGUGUGCCCCGGCCCACGGUCAACGGCGAGAUCUGGGUCUUCAAUAAGAACUACACUCAGUACAUCCCACUCUCCAUAUAUGACCUGCAGACCUGGAUGGGAAGUCCUUCCAUUUUCGUGUACGACUGCUCCAACGCUGGCCUUAUUGUCAAGUCAUUCAAGCAAUUUGCACUACAGAGAGAGCAGGAGCUGGAGGUGGCCGCGAUUAACCCAAACCACCCCCUGGCCCAGAUGCCUUUGCCUCCCUCCAUGAAGAACUGCAUCCAGCUGGCAGCCUGUGAGGCCAACGAGCUGUUGCCCAUGAUCCCUGACCUGCCUGCAGACCUCUUCACCUCCUGCCUUACCACCCCCAUCAAGAUCGCCCUGAGAUGGUUCUGCAUGCAGAAGAGUGUCAGGCUGGUGCCAGGAGUCACGCUGGAUUUAAUAGAGAAGAUUCCUGGAAGGCUGAAUGACAGGAGAACUCCCCUGGGAGAGCUGAACUGGAUUUUCACAGCGAUCACAGAUACCAUCGCGUGGAACGUCCUGCCCAGAGAUCUUUUCCAGAAGCUCUUCCGGCAGGACCUGCUCGUGGCCAGUUUGUUCCGUAACUUCCUCCUGGCAGAGAGGAUCAUGAGGUCCUACAACUGCACCCCCGUGAGCAGCCCUCGGCUCCCCCCCACCUACAUGCAUGCCAUGUGGUGA